AUGUUGGGAGCCUGGGUCUCUGCUCUCUGCCUAGCUGGCCUCCUUGGCACCUGUACAGGAGGGAAGCUCCUUGCAUCCAAAGCAGGCAAGCGAUGUCCACGUUUGCAGCAGGAGGGGCUGAAGCUAGACCAGGCCAGUGACAAGCAUGUAAAUAUAACGGGUUUUAAUCUUAUUAAGCGGUUUGCUCUUCUAAAGACCUCGUCUGUAAAGAAAAUCCGCAAUCCCAAAGGGCCCCUGAUCCUCCGGCUGGGCAGCACGCCCCUGGUCCAACCCACGCAACAGGUGUUCCCCCACGGCUUGCCUGAUGAGUUCACCCUGGUGUUCACUUUGCUCCUGAAGAAACAGAGCAGCAAGGAGAACUGGUACCUUUUCCAGGUCACCGACCGUCUGGGCUACCCCCAGCUCUCCCUGGGGGUCAACGGCCAAGAGCGGAGCCUGGAGUUCCAGGCCCGGGCCCAGGAGAAGGACUUUGUGAGCAGCGUCUUCACCGGGAAGGGGGUUUCCUCCCUCUUUGACCAGAAGUGGCACAAGGUGGCCCUGAGCGUCCAGCGCCGGCUGGUGUCCGUCCACGUGGACUGCAGCUACAUCUCCUCCAAGCCCCUGGAGCCCCGGCGGGGCGUGGCGAGCGAGGGCAACACCUUCAUCGGCCUGGAUGCCGUACGCGGCACGCCUGUCCCGUUUGACAUCCAGCAGGCCCACAUCUACUGCGACCCGGAGAUGGUGAUGCAGGAAGGCUGCUGCGAGAUCUCGGCCGGCGGGUGCCUUUCCGAAGCCUCUAAAACCCGGCGGCAGGCAGAGGGCACGCAGACCAGCAACCUGAUUGAGAUCAACCCACAGACGGAGGGAAAGGUGUACACCCGCUGCUUCUGCCUGGAGGAGACUCAGGAGGCGAAGGCAUCUGGGCAGGUCGGCGUGGAGGGCCAGCCAGGAGGAAAGGGCUACCCAGACCCACGCGGCCAGACUCGCAGGCCAGCCAGUGAGUGCCCACCCUGCCCCCAGAGAGCCCCGCACGCCAACGUCACGCUUGGUCCCCCUGGCCCCAAGGGGGGCAAAGGAGAACGCGGACUCCCUGGGACAUCCGGCUCGAAGGGGGAGCGAGGCGAGCGCGGUGCGGACUGCGUCCGGAGCUCCCCCGACGGCCCCUUGCAGUGCACGGAGGGGUCGAAGGGAGAGAAGGGGGAGCGAGGAGACCUGGGCCUAGCAGGAGCGACCGGUGCUGAUGGGCAGAAGGGGCAGAAAGGCGAGAAGGGAGAUGGAGGCGUCCAAGGGAAUCCCGGGAUGCCGGGGCGUGACGGCCGGCCUGGAGAGAUCUGUGUGGUGGGGCCGAAGGGACAGAAGGGUGAUCCAGGGCUCGUUGGACCCGAGGGGCUAGCCGGUGAGCCAGGCCCCCCGGGGUCACCAGGUCCUCCAGGGAUAGGACUUCCAGGGAAAACGGGUGACCCCGGUGGCCCUCCAGGUCUUAAAGGAGAAAAAGGUAACUCCGGAUCUCCUGGACCGGGAGGUUCAACCGGGAAGCCCGGCAAGCCAGGGGUCCCAGGCCUGAAGGGAGACAAGGGGGAUCCCUGCGAAGUUUGCCCCAGCAUCCCCGAGGGGAUGACCCAUGCUGUCGGCCUCCCGGGAAAGCCGGGACCCAAAGGAGAGCCCGGAGUGCCGGGGAAAGCGGGGCUUUCAGACAAGGCAGGGCCCUCCGGACCCAAAGGCGACAGGGGAGACCCUGGCAUCAAUGGAAUAAAAGGAGAGAAGGGUGCCCCCUGCGUGUCGUGCAGUCCCGCCGCUCUCGCCUCCAUGCUGCAGAGCUCCGACCAGCUCCCGGGGAAGGAGGGGCCCAAAGGGGAGCCGGGGUCCCCAGGGAUCGGGCUGCCCGGGCUGCCGGGUAAAGCCGGAACCCCUGGGCUGGCCGGAGCCAAGGGUCAGCAGGGAGAGGUCGGAAAGAUGGGACCGGCUGGCAAACCUGGAAUUCCAGGCGACAGAGGGAACGCUGGGCCUACAGGACUGAAAGGAGAGAAGGGAGAGCCGUGUGGCCAGUGCCUUGCCCCUCCAGAGGCGCUCGAAGGGGAGGCGAUCGGGGUGUCCGUGCCUGGUGCUCCGGGGGAGAAGGGUGAGCCAGGCCUGCCCGGCAUUGGGGCGCCCGGCAGAGCGGGCAAACCUGGGGAGCCUGGACUGAAAGGACAGAAGGGCGAUGCAGGAAAUCCAGGGGACCCUGGCAUACCGGGCUCAGUGGGGCUGCCGGGGCUUUCAGGUGACCCUGGCAUCAGGGGUCCGACAGGGCCCAAAGGUGAAAAGGGAGACGCCUGCGACGCCUGCCCCACUCUCCAGGGGGAGUUCUUGGAUGUGGUCGGGGUGCCAGGAAAACCCGGAGCCAAAGGGGACCGUGGCCCGCCGGGUGUUGGCCAGCCUGGGAAACCCGGUAAAUCUGGACUCCCUGGGAUUCAGGGGCCCCCCGGUCUGAAGGGGCUGCAGGGCGAGCCAGGCCCCCCCGGGAUCGGCGCCCAGGGUCCACAGGGGGAGCCUGGGGAGACAGGCCUGCCCGGGACUACUGGACACCCUGGACCUCGAGGGCCGGUGGGCGCCGUGGGAGAGAAAGGCACCAAGGGAUCCCCUGGCCUUAAAGGGGUGGAGGGUCCUCCCGGACCUCCGGGGAUGAGCAUCACUGGGCCACCGGGCCGCGAAGGGCAGCGGGGAAUGCCAGGGGUGCCUGGAUCCAACGGGCUGACGGGAGAAAAGGGGGCGCGGGGUGAGAAGGGGGAUCCUGGCGAAUGCACCUGCCAGCCUGGCCCCCGCGUGGACCCCAACUACUCGGGGAUGCCGGGAGCCCCAGGACUGUGGAUCGGGACGUCCUGGCAGCCUCAGCCUGGCCCGCAGGGUCCCCCAGGUGUCCCAGGACCGCCAGGCCCCCCAGGAGCUCCGGGGAGACAGGGCAUCCCAGGACACAAUGGUUUGCCAGGACUGCCUGGGCCAGCAGGAGAUGUGGGGCCGCUCGCUGUCGUAGCCGAGAGGAACAUCGAGGUGCUCAAGAACAUCUGCGGGGAUUGUGCCCAGGUGCAGACUGGCUCCCACACGCCCAGCGGAGUCAAAGGGGAGAAGGGCGAGCAGGGCAUGCCCGGUGCCCCCGGCAUAGACAACUGCGCACGGUGCUUCGCUCAGUUCCCGAGAGCGGAGGAGCCCCGGGGUGACCAAGCAGAAAGCGACGGUGACUGUGUUGGAGGGCCUGGGCUGCCGGGGAUGCCGGGCUUACCUGGAGAGAGGGGCGAACAGGGCCCACCAGGGAUGAGAGGAUCUCCAGGGCCCCCUGGACCGACUGGCCCUCCAGGUUUUCCUGGAACGCCUGGCGCACCCGGAUUGCCUGGUCUCCAGGGCGAGCGCGGACCACCUGGGCUCACCGGCGCGAAAGGGGAACUGGGCCCUCCCGGUCAACCCGGAUACCCUGGUGCAAUGGGCCCCCCCGGGCUGCACGGCAUCAAAGGAGAACGAGGCUAUUUGGGACCCCCCGGAGAGAAAGGGGAAUCGGGCCCCCCUGGUUCCGAUGGCGUCCCAGGUCCUACGGGGCCAGCGGGUCCGAGAGGAGAGCGCGGAACUCAGGGCAACUCUGGGGAGAAAGGAGAUCAGGGAUUUCAGGGGCAACCAGGCUUCCCAGGGCCAGCCGGCCCUCCUGGUUUCCCAGGGAAAGCCGGACCGACUGGGCCGCCAGGCCCCGCUGCCGAGAAGGGCAGUGAAGGGAUGCGCGGCCCUACGGGGAUGCCAGGGCCAAUGGGGCCCCCAGGGCCUCCUGGAAUACAGGGCCCAGCCGGCUUGGAAGGACUGGAUGGGAAGGACGGGAAGCCAGGGAUGCGGGGCGACCCGGGUCCUGCAGGGCCGCCAGGGAUGAUGGGGAUUCCGGGCUUCAAGGGGAAACCCGGCCACCCGGGUCUCCCAGGCCAGAAGGGUGACUGUGGCAAACCCGGCCCCCCCGGAAGCGCGGGCCGGACAGGGGCAGAGGGGGAACCUGGUCCGAUGGGACCCCAAGGCAGACAGGGGCCUCCGGGCCAUUUAGGUCCCCCAGGAAGCCCAGGCCAGCCGGGCCCAGCCGGAAUCACAGGAAUGGGAUUGAAGGGCGAGAGGGGAUCUCCAGGGGAAAGAGGUCUCGCAGGGAUGCCCGGGCAACCCGGGCCCCCAGGCCACCCUGGACCACCCGGCGAGAUGGGCGCGGACGGAGCAUCUGGGAAAGAGGGCCCACCGGGGAAGCCUGGACUGUUAGGACCAGCUGGCCAGAAGGGUGAAGCUGGCCCUGCAGGGGAGAGAGGGCACCCUGGAGAGAAAGGGAGAGCUGGCAUGCCUGGAGGACCAGGGAAAAGUGGCUCCAUGGGCCCCGUGGGACCACGUGGCUCUCCGGGAGAGAGAGGCCACCCGGGCUCCCCAGGACCUGCUGGCAGCCCGGGGACGCCAGGACUCCCAGGCACAAUGGGAGACAUGGUGAAUUACGACGAAAUCAAGCGGCUCAUCCGGCAAGAGCUGAACAAAAUGUUUGACGAGAGGAUGGCGUACUAUGCCUCCAGGAUGCAGUUCCCGGUGGAGAUGGCUGCCUCCCCAGGACGACCAGGUCACCCUGGUAAAGAUGGAGCGCCAGGGCGGCCAGGGCCUCCUGGCUCCCCUGGGUUACCGGGACAGAUCGGGAGAGAAGGGCGGCAAGGUGUGCCAGGCAUGAGAGGUGAGCCCGGCGCCAAAGGAGAAAAGGGAGAGAAAGGCAUUGGCCUUGUGGGAGAAAGCGGCCCGCCGGGGGCGCCCGGUCCCCAAGGGCCACCAGGAUAUGGCAAGCUGGGUCCGCCUGGGCCUAUGGGACAGCAAGGCAUCCCAGGCGUUCCUGGACCACCGGGAGCUACAGGGCAGCCUGGAAAGACCGGGCAUUGUAACCCUUCCGAUUGCUUCAGCAUGAUGCCCCUUGAGCAGCCUAUGUACGAGCCCAAAAGUAUGAAAGGACCCCUAGGCUGA